UAAAAUUUUCAAAUUAAUUUCUCAAAAAUUUGUAAUUUAAUUAAUUAUUUCAAAAAAACAAUCAAAUUUGAAAGUUUUCCUCUCAUCACAAAACAAAAUUUUCUCAUUUUCAUAUCUGCUUUGUAUCUACAAGAAAAAUUAUCUCCUAAUUCCCUUACCAUCAAAAAGAUAAAAAAAAAAAUGGGACAAUCGAGCAGUAUUUUGACGAAUCAAUGUUUGCAAAAUCAAUUUGGAAAUUAUCGAAGGGACAUCGAGUCGGUGCUCUCAUUAACACCAGGAAUCGUGAGAUUUCGCGAGACAAAAGAAACGUUUCAAUCAAUUAUCGACACAAGUCUCAUCAAUGUCGAUGGAAUAAGUCAGGAAGCACGAUGGCCCACCGAGUGUCAGGUAAUUUCAGAACGUGUACGUCACAUAGAAUAUACACCGGCAACACCGGAACCUUAUUAUGUACCUUCAGGCAAAGAACCAAAACCAAAAUUGAUAGGAGAAGAAAGUGGAACAGUUGUUUUUCGAUAUUCUCCCACAAGUGCCACAAAUUACUUUAGCAGAUCAUGUUUCGGAGGUAGUGCAGUUUUGUCACAUUCUAUGGACUCAAUUUUAAAUCCUUCCGAUGAAGAACCAAUAACUACAGAUUUGAAUUUUGAAUCGAGAUUCGAGUCGGGUAAUUUGGCAAAAGUAAUCAAAAUCACUGACACCUAUUAUCAAUUGCAUUUAAGAAGAGAUCUUUAUACACAACGACAUAUGCAAUGGUUUUAUUUUCGUAUUUCAAACACUAAAAGUGGAACAAUGUACAGAUUGUCAAUUGUAAAUUUCUGUAAAGAAGCCAGUCUCUAUAAUGAAGGUCUUAAGCCUUUGAUAUAUUCAACCAAAGAUGCAAAUUUACAUUCCAUUGGAUGGAGAAGAUGUGGGGAUAAUAUAACAUAUUACAAAAAUGAUUCAUCUGAUGAGGAAAAAGAUCGACAUACACUAACUUUCAAUAUUUAUUUUCCCCACGAUAAAGAUACUGUUUAUUUAGCUCAUUGUUAUCCGUACACUUAUUCCGAUUUACAGGAGUAUUUAUCUGGAAUAGCUUCGAAUCCUGCAAAAACGAGAUACACUAAAUUACGUCUCUUAUGCCGAACACUGGCAGGAAAUGGAGUUUAUUAUUUGACGAUCACCGCUCCUGCAUUUAAUGAGGAAUCAAAAAAGAAAAAAGGAGUCGUUAUUACCGCACGUGUUCAUCCCGGAGAAACCCCCUCAAGCUGGAUGAUGAAAGGAAUCAUUGACUUUUUAACCGGCGACUCGAAUCAAGCUAAGGAAUUACGGGAGAGAUUUAUUUUUAAAUUGGUACCAAUGCUAAAUCCUGAUGGAGUAAUUGUUGGCAACAAUAGAUGUUCAUUAUCGGGAAAGGAUUUAAAUCGUCAAUAUCGAACAGUAAUGCGCGAAAGUUAUCCAUCAGUUUGGCAUACAAAAUUAAUGAUUCGUCGAUUAAUGGAGGAAUGUGGAAUUGCAAUGUAUUGUGAUCUUCAUUCACAUUCGCGAAAACAUAAUAUUUUCAUUUAUGGCUGCGAAAGUAAACGUGCCGGUUGUUAUGGAAAAUUGACUGAACAAGUAUUUCCCUUGAUGCUUCAUAAAAAUGCUGCAGACAAGUUCUCUUUUGAAAAUUGCAAAUUCCACAUUGAGAAAGGAAAAGAGGGAACGGGAAGAGUUGUCGUUUGGUUAAUGGGAGUUCCAAAUAGUUAUACAAUGGAAGCAUCAAUGGGAGGUUCGGAAAUUGGUUCACGAACUGGUACACAUUUUUCAUCUCAAGACUAUGAACAAAUUGGAAAAGCAUUUUGUGAGACGCUUCUCGAUUUUUCCGAUGAAGAUCCAAGCAAGGAAAAACUUCGUAAUAAAAUUAUUGCUAGACUUCUUAAAGAGGGUUCCAGUGCUGAUGAGCCGACUAAUAUUAAUCUUACUGAUUAUUCAAGCGCCGAGGGUGACACAUCGGAAAGUUCGUCAGAGGAAAUAAUGGAGAAAAUGGAUUUAACUCAAAUAGAAAGUGACGACAAUUGCCAAUUUUUAUCAGUACCACCUCCAUCUCCACAUGACGAUAGACUGAGAUUUACCCGCAGAUUGCGAAAAUCACGAAAAAAUAAUCAAAGAAACUCUUGUAUGCGGGAAAAGAAAGCGUUUUCCUUAAAUUUUCAGGUAAACAAAACUGCCAUGGAUUUGCCAACCACCGAUCCCGGAAGUGAUCUUUGUGAUCUCACGGAUUCUGCGGAUGAAAAUUAUCUUCACUCAUUGACAAUGAAAACUGAAAAAGAAAAAGAAUUUUCUAAAAGCCUCAAGUGUCUGAAGAAAAAAAGUAAAUUUCUCGAACGAGAAUCAAAUGAAUUAUUAUCUCUGCCAACAAUAAUUCGACAACGUAGUUUAUCAUUAGGUGAAGAACUCAUGAAUGCUUCAUAUAUUCACGAGAGACGAUUUCUUGCACGUCAGGCUAUUUCUCGGUAAUUUUAUUUUUUUUGGUCAAAUUUUCUAAAAAAAACAAAAAUUAAUCCACAUUUCAUUUUAUUCAGAAAUUUGAAAAAUUUAUCUCCAAUCUUACCAAGACGUCCUGAUAUGUCAUUUAAAUUGACAACACUGAGGCAACAAAUUUGGACUGGUGUUAAUUUUGAAAAUACAAAUAAAGGCAACAAUGGAAUAUCAUUUCCAAGAAGUCCCCUAAGUUGGGGAAUAUCAAAUAUGGCUCGAGGAUAUCAAACCGAUAGUGAAGCAUUGCUCAAAUCCUGCUCAAAAAAAUUGGAAGCCCUAAAUUAUAUUCCAAAAACAUCGACGAAAAAAUUUAAAAAAAAGGCUGCCAAAAAAUCAACACAAAUCAUAAAUAUUCGUGUUGAAGAACCACAGGAAGAUGAGACAUCAUUAAAACCAUCGAAGAAAAGACGAUCACGUUACAAACAAAAUACUGUUAAUUCAACAUCGCGCACAGAAAUGACAUCAAAUAACACGAGAUUUAGAGACGAUUCAUUAAAAUUAUUUACAAUGACAAAAAAUCAGAAAUCGCAACAACCGUCAAAACAAAAAAUAGAAUCAAGAAAAAAGUCACGAAAAAAUGGAAAUACAACAACAAUAAAUACAGUAAUGUCAAAGAGAAAAACUAAACCAAUUGUCGAUUCUUAUGGAGAUUCUUCAUCGUCAAGCUCAGAGGAUAUACCAAUUGUGCGAACGAAAAUUUUAAAGAAAAAGAAAACAAAUAGUACAGUAAAAAAACGUAUCUCAAGUUCUUUUGCUACCGAUACAAAGAGAAAUUGAAAAAUCAUUAUUUUAAAAUCCUGCCCUGCUAUAUUGACUGCCUGUGAAUAUACAUAUAGGA